AUCAGGAAGAGAAGAAGAGAGGUGCAGCUUGAGCGACGAUUGGAUAGGAAUAUCCAAUGUGGUCGGAUGGUCAGAUGACUUCAUCUGAUAUCGAGUACCCACGAGCAAACGUGUCUGGAUAGAUCUGGGAGGUGAAACCUGAUGGAAAAUGGUGGUAACGGUUAACGGGUAACGCUCGGGCGGGCGGGGUUCAGUCAGGGACUCGUUCCUCUGAAUCUCUCGGCAGUCGGUGAAAUGUGCGAUAGUUAAUUUAAUAAUUAUGACUCGACUUUUACAUCUGCCCGCCCGUAACGCGUGUUCGGUCGUUGAAUUCAAUGUGACAUGACAUUUUGUGCAAUGGUCGGUUGCUGAAAUUGAACUUUGGAUACCGAUGGGCUCGGAAACGUACGAGGGCUUCUGACCUUCUGAAUCAGAGAAUGGAUGCGGCCUGGAAUCACAGGCUACGAGACGGCUGGGUGUCUCUGGGAGUUGCGGACCGGGUAAUUCAGUUCGUAUGCACCAGCGAACUUGGGUAGCCUGCAGUCAAUAAGAAUGAGACAUGGGAAGGCAAGAUGAAGGAUAAGAGGGGGGAGAAGAGGAAGUGAAUGAGAUAGUCAGGUGCACGCUGCGAUGGACAAGGAUAAUUAUGCAUUUGACAUUAGUGUCGCUAGGCGCUCUGGUCGGACGUGUACGCGCGCCGUCUGUGCGGCUGCGAAAUUUAAAGAGCCCCAUCGAGUCAUACAGAAAAGUGUUGGUCGAAGCUAGGCGAGCGCAGCACUGAGAUUGAUGGAGGAUGGAAUCAGCCGAUCCCCGAGAAGGUUUGAAUGCAAUGAUAGGAUAGCCAUCGUGUGUGACAGCGUCAUUUUGAGUGAGUCCUGAAUGGUGCGCAUGUCACUGUGUGCCUGCACCACCCGAGGAAUGCGGAUGCUCCCAGUGAUGUAUGUCGGGGUUGGUCGGUACGGUCUCUUAGAGGACGAACGCUUCAGCACUGUCGGUCCGUUGUCUAAUCUCUUGUGGAAUUAGACUCCAGUCGGGAUGGUCGGGAUUGACCGAAUCAGGAAGGAGGAGAGAUUCGAUUUCAAGGUCCGCUAUGCCGCGAGUACGUACGUACGCGUGUCUCUCUCUCGCCCACCCAUACCGUCCCUGGCCGAUAUCUUCGCCAGACAACUACAAGAACAUUUCCUGGGCACCAUAAAUCCAUCUGUCUUACCACCAGCUCCCGCUAUAUCCGCUCGACAGCGUCGGCCCCGCCGCCAUCGUCGACCUGACCUCUCUCUGACCUCGAUACUACUCCUGCCGAUCCGACAACCCGAGGCUGAAACAUUGCUCAGUCAGCAAUAGAUCUGCGUCACAUACACCACGCUCCCGUCUCUCUCAGGUCCCUCUCGUCCUCCUCUCAGCUUAACAUCUAUCUUACUCUCCCUCACCGACGUCAUGGAUCCUCUGGGUGCCGCCCCGCUCUGGGACUUGUCGCUGCCGCCGUCCCUUCCCGCUCUCGCUGACGAAGAGUUUAUCGCUCUCCUUCAGAAACAAUUCGGUGCGAACAACGGUCUUUCUCGCAUUGAUGACGACAAGGAGGCACCACCACCAACUACCAACAUUAACCCCCAGAAUUUGACUCGUCUCCCGAUCCCAAGACCAGUCGACUCCCCGCCGAGCGACGACAGUAGUCCAAGUCCCAACGAGGCAAAUGUCUCGCGGUCUCGCAGAGAGUCCGGCGUCUUCGAUCUCGACGACGCGGACGGUGCGGACGAGGACCCGUCGUUGAAAAGAAAGGCGGGUGAGGAGGACUUGGGCACCGAGCCAUCGCUCAAGACGCAGCAUACAUCACCUAAAAAGGGCUCGGCUUCUCGCCGCAAAUCCACCGGAAACCCGACUGCAGAUGACUCCCGUCUUCUUAAGCGGAAAGAACAAAACCGAGCUGCUCAACGUGCGUUCCGGGAGCGAAAAGAGAAGCAUGUAAAAGACUUGGAGGACAAGGUUGCCGCGUUGGAAGAGAAGAAUGCUGCGGCGAUUCAGGAAAAUGAGUCUUUGCGCGAGGUCGUCAGUCAUCUACAAUCCGAAAAUAUGCGACUACGACAGUCGUCAUUCACAUUCGCCGUCCCACCAUCAGCAUCAACAGCAAGCAGCAGCCAGAGCAAUGGGUCGGAUGUCAACGGAAAUAAUCAAUCUAAUGCUCAUCGCGACUCCCAGACGAAUACGUUUAAUAUACCGCCAUCGACGACUACGUCUUCCACAGCUUCAACUCAUGAUUCACCCGAAUCAUUAUUCUUGACCGACAAUAGUGACGGUCAAUUGUCCUUCCUGGGACGAAAUCUGAUACCACUCAGCUCUGAACAACAACAAACCGCAACGGCAGAUGCGAUGAAUAUGGACUUCGGCUUUGGUCCCGUCCUAUCUCACACGCCGUACACUACGAUUGCCAGUAACCCAUUGUUUAUGUCAUUCCGUGAACCAGAUGUCUUUGAUUCGCUUGUACAGCAGCAACAACAACAACAGAAUCACGGUCAAAGUGCUGCUCAGUCUGGUCAGUCCUACGACUUCUCGCAGCAGUUAUUCCCGGGAGGAUGGCCAGACGUGGCAAUGAACAACGGCGGCUCGCCAAACACUUCGAUGCAAGCGUUUGAUCUGACGAACUCGCUUGAUGAGCUGUUCGGCACGUCGUAUAACAAUGGUAGCAAUGGAUUAGAUUACACGAUGAACGCGGCGAAGGCCAGCCCGUCGACGAGUCUGAGCCCCGUGUCGCAUCGCAAUUCGGAGCAGUCUACGCCUGGUGCGAGCUCUUCGUCAUCCUCACCAUCAGUGAGUGGGAGUCCUGUUGUUACAAGGGACACACCGUGCGAUCCUUCAAAGAAGUGCACGAAAUCCGACCUUGCGAAGGCCAUUGCAUUGGACAAAGGAUCUAUAUUCGCUGCGAGACCACAGGAGUCCCAUUCGGAGGACUCAUCACCUUCUCCACCGAAGUCGGGAACAUUGGAUGAUGACCAGUGCGAUGAGUUCCCACCGUGUAAGGGUCUUCAACUCCCAAAGACCCAGAAGAACGAGAACAAUGUUGAGGUUAUGGCUGCAUGGCGAAAGAUUCGCCAUGAUCCAAAGUUCCAGGACAUCGACAUUAACCAAUUAUGCACAGAGUUCGCGUCAAAAGCAAGAUGCGACGGGUGUCACGUUGUAAUUGAGCCGAGCGGGAUGCAAGAGAUACUAGACUCGGUAUCGCGUGCAAAGAGGGAGAAACAGCAGAGUGCAUUGUUCAGUGCGAGUAAUUCGGCUGGUCUAUUUACGAAAUAAAUAGACUUUCCUGGGUUUAUUCUUUUGUGCAAUCACUUUUUUUUUAAACAUUGCAUUGCAUUAGUACCCUCCCCUCCCUCCCCCCCUAACCUCACCUUCAUAUUUUACGUAUUUCGCACGCACUUGUCCUAACCCUAACGAACUUGUUGGUAUGAGUUGCAACAUAUAUCUCACACGUACACCUCUCCUCACCCCACACAAUCUGCAUCAAAUCUCUUGCAUCGAAUCCACGCCCUUGUGGGUACAAUAAGUAGUUAAGAAUUAUAUGUAUAUGAAAUCGUUCUCUUUUUUCGCUUUUCGUUUUCGUCUUCGUCUUCGUCUCUCUGGCUUUCGUUUUCUUGUCUGUCU